UCAAUUAAACUAGUUCCGAUUUGAACAGUGCAACUCUAGUUUUUUUUUUUAAUACUACAUAUAUGUUUUAAAAACAUAUGCGGAUUCGGGCGAAUAAUACGGAUUUCACCGAUUGCAAACGGAUCAAGGAUAUAACAUCAAAGACGACUGCGACAGCGACGCUGACUGCUACAGCGACUGCGACUGCGACAGAGCGACAAUGGUGUGUUGUGUGUGUGUAUGUGCGUUCGUGUGUGUUUUGUAUCGUGUUGUCUGAUUGUGUGCCGUUGUUGUUGCUGCUGCUGCUCGUUUGUUGUUGUGAGUGUGGUCGACGGACGGACAGUGGGACAAAACGGCGGACAGUGAAGCUGCAGGAUAAGCCCGAAAAUCCUUAGCCUGGCCUCUUCUUCUUCUCCCUUGCGUUUUUAUCAAUCUCUCUUUCGCACACAGAGAGAAACAAUAGCAAAAGCAAGUAAAAAAAAAAAGAAACGGAAAGAGGAGAACCAAAAACAAAAACAAAGAGGCACCGGAGGUUCCAUGGCCCUUUGAUGCCUUCAAAGGAUUCGAGAGGACCCCCCGCCAGCCAGGAUUAUCAUGCGGCCCAUCAGCGAGGAGCAGCAGCUGCAACAGCAGCCGUUGGAGCAACUGCAUCCUCACCAUCCCCUCCAUCACAAUCAGCAACAUCAUAAUCUCAACCAGCAGAUCCCAGAGAUCCCCGAUCUGGAGCUCGUGGAGCCCCAGGUGGGCGAUGGCAGUCUGUGGACCGCCCUCUACGAUUACAAGGCCCAAGGAGAUGAUGAGCUGACCCUGAGGCGUGGCGAAAUCGUUGUGGUCCUCUCCACGGACAGCGAGGUGUCCGGCGAUAAGGGCUGGUGGACCGGCAAGAUCGGGGAUAAGGUUGGUGUCUUUCCCAAGGACUUUGUCACCGAUGAGGACCCAUUGCAAUUGAAUGUCUCCUCGGCGAUCGGUGACAUCCAGCCGCGUCAAAUCGAAUACGAUGAGCUGGACAUCAAGGAGGUCAUCGGUUCCGGGGGCUUUUGCAAAGUGCAUCGCGGCUACUACGACGACGAGGAGGUGGCCAUCAAGAUCGCUCAUCAGACGGGCGAGGAUGACAUGCAACGGAUGCGGGACAGUGUCCUCCAGGAGGCCAAACUCUUUUGGGCCAUCAAGCACGAGAAUAUUGCCGCCUUGCGCGGCGUUUGCCUGAACACCAAGCUCUGUUUGGUGAUGGAGUACGCCCGUGGCGGCAGCCUCAAUCGGAUAUUGGCCGGCAAGAUACCGCCCGAUGUCCUGGUCAAUUGGGCCAUACAGAUAGCUCGCGGCAUGAACUAUCUGCACAACGAGGCGCCCAUAUCGAUCAUUCACCGCGACCUCAAGUCAUCCAAUGUCCUGAUCUACGAGGCCAUCGAGGGCAAUCAUCUGCGUCAGAAGACCCUCAAGAUCACGGAUUUCGGACUGGCCAGGGAGAUGUACAACACGCAGCGGAUGAGUGCAGCGGGCACGUACGCCUGGAUGCCACCGGAGGUCAUCAGCGUCAGCAUCUACUCCAAAUCAUCGGAUGUUUGGAGCUAUGGAGUGUUGCUUUGGGAACUGAUUACGGGCGAGACUCCCUACAAGGGCUUCGAUCCUUUGUCAGUGGCUUACGGCGUGGCUGUCAACACGCUGACCUUGCCGAUACCAAAAACCUGCCCAGAAACCUGGGGAGCCCUGAUGAAAAGCUGCUGGCAAACGGAUCCACACAAACGACCUGGCUUCAAGGAGAUACUCACACAGCUGGAGGGCAUCGCCUGCUCCAAGUUUACGUCGACGCCACAGAAAUCGUUUCACGAUAUGCAGGAGUGCUGGAAGAAGGAGAUCGCCCAGGUGCUGCACGAUUUGCGCGAAAAAGAAAAGCGUUUCCAAACAAUCGAAGAGGAACUGCGCAACAAGGAGGAGCAGCUGCUCAGAGUGCAGAACGAGCAGCGCGAGAAGGCGGACCUCCUCAAGCUGAGGGAGCAGAAGCUGCGCGAGCGGGAAAUGGUGCUCAUCGAAAGGGAGUUGGUAAUGUGGCAGCCGGUGCCCUCGAAACGGAAGCCCAUAAAGGGCAGAAAGAAUAAACCGCUGCAGAUAUCGCUGCCCACUGGCUUCCGGCACACAAUUACGGCGGUGCGCGACAAGGCGGAACAGCCGGGAUCACCAUCCUUUGCCGGAUUGCGCAUCGUGGCACGAUGCCAGGGCAACAGCAAGAUGGACGACUGGCGGCCGGGUGCCACCAACAUGCCGAUCAUGUCGCCAUCGCCGUACCUCCUCAGCCGGUUCACCAGCAACGUUCCCCUGCCGACGCUCUACGCCGGCGACUCCGCCCGCAAGCCGAAGCUCUCGGUGAUCGAGCUGCUCCUCUACAACAUGGCCUCCCUGCUGGCCGGCGUGGCCGCUGGCUACGAUGUCCGGAUGUCGAACGUGUCGCCGGUGCAUCCCACUUUGCUCAGCGAGGUGCCCGCUCUGAAGGCGGCUCCCCUGAAGGCGGCGGUUUCGCUCUCGGAGGCGGAGGAGUCGCAGCAGCCGGAGCAGCAGGUGACGCAACUCCAGCUGGAUGGAGCCACACUCAAGCAGCAGGCGGAGGAACAGCAGGAGCACAGGGAGAGCACACCCAGGAAAGUGGACAGUCAGGCGAGAUUUGGAGGCAUGGAGGCGACGGGGAGCAAGUCGCAGCCCACAUCCUUGGCCCGUCGGAUUGGCGGCAGUCAGCCGUACUACACGCCCGUGCAGCGGACUCCCCAGCACCAGUUGCACCACCAGCAGCACCACCACCAGCACCACCAACAUCACCAGCAGCAGCAACAGCAGCAGCAGCCGCAGCCGCACCACCAGCAGCACCACCAGGCACAGUCGGCGGUGGCAUCUGCUGUGGCGAGCACCACUGUGGCUGCGGCGCAGGCUCCUCCCUCAUCCGGAGUGGUUGGAAUCUACCCGGGAACCCAACCACCGACGCCAUCGCCUCGUCGCAAGCUGAGCAACAGCAGCUUCGGGAAUGCCCCGGUGAAUCCACCGGCGGAUGCCUUCGAGGAGUUCCGGGUGGGCGGCGGCAUCGGUCCGCCGCCGCUUUAUGCGCCAGCGGAUUACCUGAGGAACGGACCGAGUUACUCCAACGACGGAGGAGGCAACUACCGGAAUGGCUACUUCGGUUCCAAUUACUUUCCCUAUCGGCCGGAGUUGAACUACAGCUACGAGCGCGACUGCAAAUCGUAUCCGGACUACUCCUACGACUACAACCACCGGCUGCCGGACUACUACGACUACCAGUACGAGGCGCCAGUGGUGCCCGUUCCCGUUCCGGUGCCUGUGCCCCUUCCCCUGCCCCUGCCCGUUCCCGUGACCGUUCCCUGUCCGGUUAGCCAGACGCGGACGCCACCGCCGCGGGUGCCCCAAAUGGGUGUCUCGGCCGCAGGCCAUCGACGCACUCCCUCGACCGUUUCCAACAACUCCAAUGUGCUGAUGGAGCACGAGGAGCUGCUCUGCUUCGACUACAACAACCUCAACCUGAAUGCGGAUUACGAGAGGGAGAGGGAGCGGGAAAGGGAGCGGGAGCAAGUGGCUCCUCCCUCGAAGCAGGAACUGUAUGCCGGAUCACCGAAGCUCCUGAACCGACUGAUCCACAGUCCGCUGCCGAUGACCAAGAGCAAGUACGCCACGGCGGCGGUGACCCGACCCGCCAGCCUGCCCUUCGAGCAACAUCCCCUCUCCCUCGGCUACCAGCAGCAGCAGCAGCAGUCGUCGAUGUCAUCGCUGCCACCUCCCCUCACUGGCCAGUCCAAGCUGCGCAGCUCCCUCAAGAAGUACAAUGGAGGAGGAGGAGGAGGGGGAGCUGGUGGCGGAGGAGGAGGAGGGAAUGGAUCCACCUCCUCGCAGCAGGGCACGCCCACGAAUCCCACGCCCCCGGAUUCGCUGACCAGCGACGACAGCUCCUACUUGAGUGCCAAAGAGGGUUCCAUUGGCUCCCAGCACAGCAGGGUGCGCUUCAGUCCCGAGGCCUACCUGGAUGCCAAUCCGCUGCCCACUCUGGGUCGCCGGAUGACCGCUCCCUCGAUGCAGUUGCCCAUCCAGCAGCAGCAGCAGCAACUGCAGCAGCAACAGCAGGGAAGACGGCAGCGACAUGCCUCCAGUGGCAGCACUCCGUCGCCGUCGGGAUCCGCCUCCUAGCAGACGCGACUGGCGCUGACCUUGCAGUUGGCGCGGAGUCCAGGAGCGGACAUUGGUAUCGGAAUCGGAACAUCGGGCGGCGGUGGCGGUGGAGCAGCUGGACUGGCGCUGCACCAGCAGAGGGUUCCCUAUCGCUGGUACUCCGGAGCACGGCGAUCCCGGUCGGCGCACUACGAGUACCGCCUGUGAGAGAGCGGGACGGCCUGAUGUCGAUGCACUCGAAGAAGAGGGAGAUGGCUAGAGAAGCUGGCGAGGAUCGGAGGAGCCAAGAAAACGCCAAGAAAUCAGGGAGGGGAGAGCCAGAGGGAACUUCAAAAAAUAGAAAGAGAAGCUGGCGAAGAUCGGAGGAUCAGGAGGGAGUCAAGGAAUCAGGGAGGUUUAAUCCAGCGAAUGGGAAUGGGAAAUCCAAGAAAAUAUAGGAGAAAAGGAACAGACACUUCAAUCAAAGGAAUUCCCAAGAAACAAAGUAAAAGAUUCAGUUGGAAUCUAUAUAGAAAUAGAAUCCAAGCAGCUUUUUAUAAAAACUAAAAAUAAGAGCAAUAACUCAUUGAUAUUGAAGAAUCAGGAAUAAUCCAAGAUCUGCUGGAUUUAAUCAAUCAACUAUGAAACUAAAAAACGCAAAAAAAGCAAUUAACAAUUAAGAAGAGAUGAUGGGGAGAAGAAACUCGCUGAAUAUCAAAGGUCGAGAAACACCAGAGAAAUUAAAUGGUUUUCAGGAAGAAUCAGAACAUAUAUCCCAGGAUCAAACUGGAACUGGAGUAGCAAACUAAAUAGCAGAUGCUCCAGGAUGCCAGCAGAUAAAGAUAAAAUAGAGUUUUUACCUCACACCAAAAAAAAAGAAAAGAAAAGAAAAGCGAAUGCGAUUCCAGAUAUUAUAGGAUCUUGCAGGAUUUUGAAAUCAAAUCUGUAUAUAAAAGUAGUUAACAAGUUGUUCACACGCCAUGAAUAUAAAUAUAUAUACGAAAUUCGAUGUUAAUAUUAGCCAGCAGAUCAGAUAGACAGUAAAAUCUUAAGUGCGGGGUGUUUUUCAAACAACUGGAGAUUUGAGUGACCACCCUUGCUAUUCUGAAUUCAGAAUCAGAAUCGGAAUCCCUUUCUCGAAAGGUUGUUCAAAUCUCUGGGGGUUUUGAAAACACCUCCCAAAAACUAAACACCCAUAGAUAAACACAUGUGCAACCCCCGACUUGUGCGAUUUGCCUUAAAAGUAGAGUGAAGACUUCACUAGUUUUGCCUGAUGCCGGAUACCAAAAACCAAAAAAAAAUAAAAGAUACCAAUCCAAUCAUCGUUACGGAUCCCAAAUCCCUCGAAUAAGCGAAUAUGCGAUUCAAUUGGCGAGCAAAUAGUUUGAUAUAGCCAAUAUACUCCCAUUUAUGUACUAUAUAUAUAUAUUGUAUUAUAUAUAAUAUGCGUUCUCCGAUUCAGAUUAAGUGCAGCCAGCUAGCAAGCCAUCAUCAACAGCAACAACAACAACAAUAAUAAUAAUUAGUAAUACUUUGUAAUUCCGAGGACACCACAUCCCAAAUCAAGACACACGCCAGCCGUAAGCUCCAUUUUUAAGUCUGACAAAAAAUGUUUAUAUAUUCAUAUAUAUAUAUAUUUAUAGACACCUAGAUAUAGACCGAUAUAGACGCGUUAACCCAAUACCACUAGCUCUGAAUUGAAUAACUCGUAUAACUCGAUCGAUUUACAACUAAUUAUAUAACGGAUAUAUACGAGUAUAUACCAUAUAUACCC